AUGAAUGUUCAGUAUGAAAUUGGGGCCGUUCGCGGACACCCGUUUUCAGUGAAGGAUCUUUUAGAUUUACCAGAAUCCAAAGCAGUGGCAGCUAUAGUUUCACCUUCUGCUACGACAUGCAUGUCCCCGCCUCAAGGUCUCCCACACCCGCGCUUCAUGCCUCAGUCUCACCCAGAGGGAUCCCUGGAUCUUCGACCCAGCCGCAUCAACGUGCCUGUCCCAAGCGGUGUGCCCCACGGCGACUCCGACGUGUCUGCCCUUCGACAGUCUUACUAUGACUCGGAGAACCCUUACACAAGAUGGCUUCACAACAACGAGAAUUUACAUUACAGCCUGACGACACGACUCACUGUCCUCAGCAACGACAGCAACAGUCCAGCCACCAACGACCCCCACAGCGAUACAUCGCACGCGGACAACCUCAGCCAUGGUACAUCAUCCCCAAUAAAAGACAACUUUAUCGAAGAAGAUGAUGAUGACGACGAAGACGAUGACGAUUACGAUGACGACGAAAGUAAAAGCGUAUCCGGCAGUUCUGACAAAAAACCAAGUAAACGAGGUCUUUCCGAUUCUCAAACAGAUUCAAAUCCUAACGACCCUCCAAAGAAACGAAAACGACGGGUACUAUUUUCCAAAGCGCAAACAUACGAACUCGAGAGGAGAUUUCGCCAGCAGAGAUAUCUCUCCGCGCCAGAACGAGAACACCUAGCCAGUAUAAUUCGUCUGACACCAGUGCAGGUGAAAAUCUGGUUCCAGAACCAUCGCUACAAACUGAAAAGAUCCCGUCAGGAAAAAGGAUUAGGAGAUCUGAACCCAUUGCCCUCGCCACGACGGGUUGCCGUGCCAGUUUUAGUCAAGGACGGGAUUCCCUGCCAGCGGCCGUCGAUGAAAGUUCUAGAUCAUCAUCAUCAUCAUCACCAACAUCAUCCGCAUCACUUCACGACACAGUCAGACAUGGCCAACAGUAUGGCGAUGGGAAUGAACAUGGGUGCGCUCUCUCACGUGGGCUGUAUGAACGGGUAUGGCCACAUGUCCUCAGGGACUCAGGGCAUCUCUUCAACCUUGUCGAGCUCCACGCCCAUCAACAUGAGCUGUGCUUAUAGCAACAGCAUUGGACACCUCAACGUUCCUUCCGUCAGCAAUAUGAACGUGUUGCCUGGAUACAGUCACCCACUGAUGCAGUCACAGGCGCGCUGGUAUUAA